AAGAGCAAUGGACUCAUAGUAGUAGCAGUAGUAGUGAAUAACACUACCCUUUUUCCCCUACUUCACAAUCAAAUCAACGCUUCCAUUUCCAGGCGGCGGCGCAACCGAUUCCUCCGCCGCAUAUGGCCAAAGGUCGCAAAUUGACCACCAGCCGCAGCGAGCGCUUCUUAGGAACCUACGCCUUCAGCCAAGUCUCCGCCGCCGUCGACCCAUCCGAGCUCCGGGAAGAGGAUGUCUGGUCCACCGGCGAAGAUGCUGGUGAACGUGACUUGAAUGUUUCGCUCGGCGAGUGGGAGCCACACGCUGCCGCCGGAAGCAACGGCGGAUCCUCCGGUCGUCACCGGCGACGGAUUCCCCGUGACAGGGACGACCACCGUCCCGUGGGUGGCCUGUCGCUGGCGUUCGAAGACCCAGCGAUUAACGCGUCGCCGAGGAUAGUGCACCAGUUCCGGGCGCGUGAGGAAGCGGCGUCGACGCCGCGUGGACGCCACGUGGCGACUUCAGCGCCGGUGAACGUGCCGGACUGGAGCAAGAUACUCCGAGUGGACUCGGUCGAGUCGUUGCACGACGCCGACGAGGGUCUCGAGGAGGACGAAUCGGAGAUUGUGCCGCCCCACGAGUACUUGGCCCGUAGCCGGAAGAUGGCAGCGAACUCGGUGUUUGAAGGGGUGGGUCGCACGUUGAAGGGCCGAGACUUGAGCCGGGUUCGCGACGCGGUGUGGAGCCAAACCGGGUUCGAUGGCUGAAGGUCCGGUUCAGUUAUGGGCUUUCUUGGGUAAGUGGUUAGGCCCUCUUUGUAAUUGAAUUAAUUGUGAUUAUUAUAAUUAUUAUUGUGGUUGUUAAUCCGAUUCUAAGUGAUUGUUAGUUAAGAACGAUUUGUUUUGGUUUUGGUGGUGGGCAAUGAUUCGGUUGGGUGGACUCGGCUGAAGAGAGUCCAACUCAGUGGCCAGUGAGCCUAAGCAGUAAUAAAUUAUUAAUUAGCUUGUAAUUCAAUUUGGAAUUUCUAAAUUCUGAUUAAGAACUUCUCCGCCCAAUGCCACUUUAUUUUCUCUUUGUUCAGCGAAUUUGCCAUCCUGCGUUUGUUAAUUGUGAAAGGGAAAGCAAAUUAAGUGUAUAUGUGAUGAUGAAAUGUAUAAUCACUGAGCAGAGCGCUGUUCAUGG